UGACUAAUUGAGUUCCAAUUGUUUGAACACAUACAUAAUAAAAUAUUCUUAUAUCCCUACUGUACUUUCCAAAUUUUAUACAAAUAAAGCGUGGCAAAGAAAGUUCUGAUACUCCGCUAUAUAUCAGGAAAUUAGUGUGCCAUGUUUUUUUAAUUUGUCUCUAUUCUCCAUUAUGCCAAAACUUGGAAUAUCCAGGGGCAGCAACCUGCUACCCCUAACGUUGAUUAUCUUCACCUUAUUGAUACAAAAUGGUAGCACUGCUGCGCGCACCACGACUAACUCCAAUCUCCAUUUUAAAGAAGCGCCACAGUUCUACAACUCCCCUAGGUGUUCUGCUUUAAAUUCUUCAGAAAAUGCAGUACAUGUUGCUAUGACGCUUGAUAUAGCUUAUCUCAGGGGAUCUAUGGCCGCUAUUCUUUCUGUUUUACAACACUCUUCUUGCCCGGAAAACAUUAUUUUCCACUUUGUGGCAUCUUCGUCUACUGAAACCGCAAGUUUGAAUCUCAUUAUCAAGAAAUCAUUUCCUUAUCUGCACUACACGAUUUAUCCAAUCCAAGAUAUUGCAGCGGUGGCAGGACUAAUUUCGACAUCAAUCCGCUCUGCUUUGGACUGUCCUUUAAAUUACGCUCGCAAUUAUCUAGCUGAUCUACUUCCUCAACACCUUCAAAAGGUCGUUUAUCUCGAUUCGGAUCUUAUUCUAGUAGACGACAUUGCUAAAUUAGCAGCAACGCCGCUAUCAGGGGACUCUGUUCUAGCAGCGCCUGAAUACUGCAAUGCUAAUUUCACUACUUACUUCACUCCUACUUUUUGGUCUAAUCCUUCUCUUUCCUUAACGUUCGCGAAUAAAAAUCGAAAGCCUUGUUACUUUAACACAGGGGUUAUGGUCAUUGAUCUAGUGAGAUGGAGAGCAGGGGAUUAUACGACGAAGAUUGUAGAGUGGAUGGAGCUGCAAAAGAGAAUGAGGAUUUAUGAAUUGGGCUCUUUACCGCCUUUUCUGCUUGUUUUCGCUGGAAAUAUAGCUCCAGUUGAUCACAGCUGGAACCAACAUGGGCUUGGUGGAGAUAAUUUUCAUGGACUCUGCAGGGACUUGCACCCUGGUCCGGUUAGCCUGUUGCAUUGGAGUGGGAAGGGGAAACCGUGGGCUCGACUGGACGCGAACCGGCCUUGUCCAUUGGAUGGCCUCUGGUCACCUUAUGACCUGCUACAAACGCAUUAUACUCUUGAAUCUUAAGGUGUAUUAGAAAUUAUAGUAAAAGAGAUCGAGAGUAGAGAUCUGUGUCUACUGUCUUUGAGAUCCUCCUCGAUUGAUUGUGUUAAUGUACAGUAAGUACUAUUUGUCUGUUUUGACGGAGCUAGUCACUCCAGAAGGGCUAAGGUGAAGUUUGUUAUUUUUCGUAGAUUACAAUUUACAAUAUACAGUACCUAGCCAAGAAUUUUAUACUGGCACUUUGCUAGAGUAGUAGUAGUAGCAUUUUUGAAAGUGCGAUUUGAAAACAUAUAUUUGUGGUUGAUUAAGUUUAUUAUAGGAUGAAAAAAGACGCAGCCUUCUGCCCAUCCCAA